AUGGACGACAGUCCAUUCAACAACCUCCCCCGAGAGAUCCGAGACCAAAUCUACGGGCUCGCACUACGCCACAACGAGAACAUCAAGAUAUCGCUUGUGGGGGCUCAUGGGCGACCGAGAGCCCUCCCCAGCUUACCUUUGAACACUCUUGCCCUCACAGCGACUUGCAAGCAGCUGUACCGCGAGGCAGGCCCGAGGUUCUUCGAAGUCAACACUUUCCAGCUAAAUACCAAAGCCUUCCGACUCGACUACGCAAUAUCUGACAGAAUUCCAAUCCUCGUCGACUGGUUCACCAACAUGACCGACAAGUAUUCUGUGUCUUCCUACCGCAUUGCUAUCCACUUAGGCGCUUGUGUACCCAGAGCGCUGUGCGAUAAGCACACACCGUACGGAUCCGUCAAAGAGGAAGUGGUUGCAGCCUUGGAAGGUGCCUCCAACAGACGGACGAAACCGAUGGUGAGCUUGAGGGUCCUUAUCGAAGGAUACUGCCGCCAUUUUCCGAGAGCCUUCGAUUUCCACGACAUGCCAUUCAGGCAUCCUCACGAAGCCAUCGCCCGCGCAUCGCGCCAAUGGCACGCAGAACUUGACGCUAAGGGGGACGAGGAUCGGGAUCAGUUUUGUCGAUUGUCAGAGCACAACAGCCGCCGAAGUGCAGAAGAAGCUGUCGGACAGGUGACGAGGUUCAUGGCCGAGAUCAGAGAAGCCGUAGAGGAGAUCUUCACGAUGGCGCCGAAGAAGGCCAAACAAGUAAAAAUCAAAGCCAGCAUCCUGGCAGGCCAUCAUCCACACUUCCUCGCGCUCCCGGCUACUUGCAAGCAAAUGGGCAACGACAAGGCGAAGAGGAAAGAACUAUCCCGCAGGCUCCAAGUGGUUCGCCAGUGGAUUGAAAAUACCGUGGUCGAGCACUCCUCCACCGUUCGCGCAAUCGAUGUCGGCCUUGGAGACCUCAACAUGAUGUCACUCGAAAACCACCCGUGGCGACAGCGCCUCUCAGCCCAAUUGGCUUGCAUGGUCAUGACACUGGAGAGCCCUCGUAUAGUGUGGACGGUGAGCCUCACGGUUUCCAACGGGUGGGAACUGUGUGCUUUUGCGAACAUCCCGGUGGCAUUCCCUCUCGAAGCUGCCAAUGAAGCGGUAGUCAAGAGGAAGUUGUGGUUGAGAGAGGUGCUAGAAGUAAAUGUCUUGCCUGCCGAAUACGAACGUAGGUACAAUCGCCUUGGCCGGAUGGUUGCGAGGCUCAUGGAUGAGACGAGGCAGUCUGUCGAGGAGGCGCGGCGAGGUGCUGACCUGGGGACUGGGAGCAUCCUGAGUGGGCCAGCUGCUUCGAAGCUUUCGAUCCAGGAGCAUGGAGCGGAAGUGAGGCAGGCUGUGGUCAGGACGCUUGAUAGCUAG